AUGUCUGCUGCUGAAGAUGAUUUUGCUAGUAACAUUGAUGAACAAUUGCUUAAUAGUGUUGAUUCUCAUCAAGAUUCCAGAAUCAAGUUAGAAGAUAUUGCUCAUGCUGCUGAAGCUUCAAAAGCACAACAACAGGCACAACUGCAAAUGCAACACGACCAACAGCUCGAACAGCAACUGCCCCAACAUCAACAACACCCGCAACAAUCAAUUGUGAAGAAAGAGCAGAAACGUCAAACGAGAAGAAACAAUAGAGCUUCAGCAAAUACUUUGCCAAGUCAACAUCAACCAGCCCAGCCAACAGCUUUAGAUGAAGAUGAAUUCAGAAAGUUUCAGUUGCAACAACAAGCCCAACAAACGUCUGAGCAAUUUGUUAGACAGCAACAGCAAGCAUUGGCUGCUGCCGCUGCUGCUGCGGCCGAAUUGAACAAUUAUGGCAACCCCCAUCCAUCAACACGUCAUCACCCUCAUCCUCAUCAUCAUCAUGGAGGUCCACAAUUGCCUGAUUUAUCAGCACCAUCGACUGACGAAUUGGCUGAAUACAAUAUCCAAAUUCCUGACCCCAUUGUUGAUAAUAGACUGAAGAUUUUCCCGGUUGAGGAAAACACAAUCACUGCUGAAGGUAAUUUAAUCACUCGUCCAUACCCUGAACAAAUUUUUCAAAGCCGUGAUGAUUUGAAUGAGUUUAUUGCUGAUUUUGCUAGAGAUAAUGGGUUUGGUGUUGUUAUUGCUCAUUCCAACAAAAAGGCCAUUUAUUACACUUGUGAACUAGGAGGCCGGUACCGUCACAAAAAGACCAAGAAAAUCGAUGAACUGAAGCAAGUUGAUGUUGGUGAAGGAUACAUGUUGGACCCCGAUACUAAAACCAAGAAAUUAAAAUGUCCUUAUGCCAUGACUGCAUCGUAUAAAAAAUCAACUGGAAUUUGGACCUUGAGAACAACAUGCAAUGAACAUAAUCAUCCCCAAUUGGACCCAUUGAGUAACCAUCCCAUGCUUCGCAAGAGAAGUGAUGAAUUGAAUGUAUUGAUUUUGGAUUUGUACAAGUUAGGAACUAAACCAUCGCAUAUUGAAUCCAAGAUAAGAGAACUGUAUCCCGAUUUAGCCAUCAAGCGUGAGGAUAUCUAUAAUGAAAUCAGAGGGUAUAAACGUAAGUUAAAGAAGCAGAAUUCCAGAUUUGGAUUCAAUAACCCAUCAAGAAUUGCUAAUGCUCAGUACAGAAAGAAAGCAGCACAACAAGCUGCUGCUGCUGCCGCCGCUGCUGCUGCUGCUGUUCCUGGGAGUGGAGGUGUCAUUGGUAAUGGGUCCGGAAGUGGUAAUGAUACAGCUGAUGCCGUUGCUGCUGUUACUGCUGCCGCUAAUGCUAAUGCGUUCUUGAGUGAUGGUCAAGAUAUCACCAAUUACGAAGCAUUCCAUAACCAACAGCAAAGUCAACAAGAACAACGAAAUCAACAAGCACAGCACUUGCAACAACAGGCUCAGCAACAGGUGCAGCAACAACAAACUCAGCAUCAACAAACUCAAAACCAACAACAACAAGAUCAAGCUCAACAGGAACAAGAAGAGUUUCAACGCCAAUUUGUCGCUGCCACUCAAGCUCAACAACAUCAUCAACUUGACGAUCAUCAGUACCAACAAUACCAACAACAUUUACAGGACCAAGCUAAUCGAGUUCAUCAACAACAACUUUCACAACAUCCACACUCUCACGCCCACCAUCAUCAUAAUCAUCACCAUGGGUUGACUGAUUCCGAUGGAAGUGCCGCUGCUGCUAUUGCUGCUGUUGCUGCCGCCAGCGGCGUCAAUGUUGGUCGUCAACUUCAUCAUCACCAAUCACCCCAACAACAACUGCAACAACAAGAGCAACUGCAACAGCAACAGCAACAGCAACAACUGCUGCUGCAGCAGCCUCAUGCCAAUACCUACCAAGAUGGUGCUGAUUUGUCAAUGGACAAUAUUGAUACUCGUUUGGUUGGAGAAUAA